CUUCCUAACUACGUUAGCAGAAGCCUAUCCUCCGUGGCAGAGUAUGGGUACAACAGAAGCCACCUUACGCAUGGACAGCAUGGAGGUUAAAGAUGAGUGGCAGGAUGAAGACUUCCCCAGGCCACUACCAGAGGAUGGCGAUGUUGAUUCUUCAUGUGGCCUCACUGACAACAGAACCAAUCCUCCCUCCACUCUGAAUGUGGAGUCCAUGGCCCAGCGUAAGCGUCGCACUCUGGUCGCCCCCGACAUGAACCUCUCCCUGGAUCAGAGCGAAGGGUCGGUGCUCUCUGAUGAGUUUCUGGAAACGCCUGACGACCUGGACAUCAAUGUAGACGACAUUGAGACUCCUGAUGAAACCGACUCUCUGGAGUUCAUCAGCAAUGGCAACGAGCUGGAGUGGGAAGAUGACACUCCUGUGGCUACUGCCAAGCGUCUUCCAGGUGAAAGUGAUGAGGAGAGAGACUCCUCUGGUCGACUGUGGCGAACAGUGAUCAUCGGUGACCAAGAGCAGAGGAUUGACAUGCAGGUCAUCAGACCAUACCUGAGGGUUGUCACACAUGGAGGUUAUUAUGGCGAGGGUCUGAACGCCAUCAUCGUGUUUGCAGCCUGCUGCCUUCCUGACAGUGGCUGUGAGGACUACACGUACAUCAUGGAGAACAUCUUCCUUUACGUUGUGAGCAGCCUGGAGCUGCUGGUGGCAGAAGAUUACAUGAUUGUUUACCUGAACGGAGCAACUCCUCGCAGGAAGAUGCCCGGCAUCAGCUGGCUGAAGAGGUGCUACCAGAUGAUUGACAGGAAACUGAGGAAGAAUCUCAAGUGUCUCCUCAUUGCUCACCCAACGUGGUUCAUCCGGACCGUCCUGGCCAUCUCAAGACCUUUCAUCAGCGUGAAGUUCAUGGAUAAGAUCCGUUACGUUCACACCCUGGAGGAGCUCAGCCAGAUCAUCCCCAUGGAGCAUGUGCAGAUCCCUGAGUGUGUGUUGCAGUAUGAUGAUGAGAAGAUACAAGCACAAGGGGAAAGACUUCACCAAGAGAAGCAGCAGAGCAACUCAAUACUGCCUAAAGAAAGGCCAAAGUCAAUGAUAGCAGAGGUUGGCCGUGACAUCUGA